AUCUAAAAAAAUAGAUUUCCAAAAUCUAAGAAGUACCAAAGUCAAUGAAAUGGAGAGAGUAUUAGAUAUAGUUUUCUAAUCUUUUAAGAAAAAUUGCAUAAAAUUGAUUUCAAUUUGCAUUCCAAAUUUCUCAAAAAAUGUUGAGAAUUUCUUCUUCUUCUUCUUCUUUGCAUGUUCCCUCAAUUUGUGGAGCACCAGUUAAUUUCAUUCUCUCUUUCUUGAAUCCAUCUUCUCGUAAAGUAUCAAACUUUACUCGCUUAGCUUUACUUCACUCGACAACCCUUUUCCCCAAUUCACGUAAUUUCCAGUUUCCCACCUUCAGAAGGGUGUCAACAAUGAUGGGUCGUACUCAUUCUUGUUCGAGAGUGGUUACAGCUUCAUAUAGUGCUGCGAGUGGUCCUGGAGGCAGUUCUGGAGGCGAUCGGGAGAUAUUGGUGCAGCAUUUACUUGUCAAAGAAGACGAUCAGAAACUUCUACUGGACCUUCAGAAAAGAACUGCUGAAGGAGAGGAUCUAAGUGAUCUGGCCGUUGAGUAUUCUAUGUGUCCAUCAAAAGAAGAUGGGGGAAUGCUGGGCUGGGUGAGAAAAGGGCAAAUGGUGCCAGAAUUUGAAGAAGCUGCAUUUGGUGCACCUCUGAAUAAGGUUGUAAAGUGCAAAACUAAGUUUGGGUGGCAUUUGUUGCAAGUUCUAUCUGAGAGGGAGGAAUCUGUACUUGAACACAUCCAGCCAAACGAGUUUCAUGUGAGGUUGCAAGAUCCGUCUUUCCUGGAAGAGGCUCAAUUGAUUGAUGUUCGAGAACCAGAGGAAGUGGCCCAGGCUUCUGUACCAGGAUUUCAGGUUCUUCCUCUUCGCCAAUUUGGAGUCUGGGGACCAGAAAUAACUACUAAGUUUGAUCCUCAGAAGGACACUUAUGUAUUGUGUCAUCAUGGCGUGAGGUCACUACAAGUCGCCAAGUGGUUGCAGACACAGGGAUUCAGGAAGGUAUUUAACGUGGCCGGAGGAAUCCAUGAAUAUGCUGUCAAAGUUGAUCCAUCGAUCCCAACUUAUUGAAGCGGCACAGGGAGGAAAUGGGAACAUUCAGGUGACAGAUUUAUUGUGAAGUAGUAAUUACUUCUUCAUCUUUAAUUAAACGUCUCAGGUUCGAGUCUCCUUGGUACGGAGUCACGUUUGUUAGAAAGUAUCAGAAUGUGAAAAUUUGUUUUGCGUGGAUUUAGUCGGACGUGGAUACCGAAUUUAUAUAGGUAUAUAUAGAGUAACAGUUAGGGUGUAAAAGUUGUAAAAAAAAAGUGAUAAUUUAGAUGUAUUUUGAUCAUACUACUUAGGUUUUGAGGGUGUCCAUGAUCUAUGUACACCUUAUGUUAUAAAAAAAAAUAUGUUCAUAUUAAAUCCUAUAAGAAAUAGUCCCAUUAAUAAAACUACGUGUGGUC